ACAAGGACAAAAAAAAAAAAAGAAAACAAUGCCAACACACCGCCAAAACUAUAUCCCGACCCCUUUCGUCUCGAGUAACCACGCAAACUGCUUGCCAUGAUUGCAAAAUUACCAUUUGCAUACAUGUAAUCCCUUCAAGUCCUGCAUUCCGAACAAUGCCUACUUCACGAUGAUCGCAUCGUGUCCUUGACUGCUACCCAUCAGUAUCCACUCCGUCUAGCAUCGCCCGAGAUCGACAGUUAUUCUCCGGGUCACUACACCACAGGAUAUUGACAACGCCAAUAGCGACGGUGACGACAACGCCAUAAGUCAUGGAAAACGGCAACAACCGACCGGUCCCCAACGGCCGAUCAAGCCUACCUACCUUUGUAGGCGGCAAGUCACUCUCGGCCAAGAAGCAUCUCGACAUCCGACGGCAAUCAUCCUUUGAGCGACAAUAUGACGACAACAGUCAAUCCAACGGCGCUGCUCGCCGCCGCUCGGCUCUUCCGACCCCGAGUCCUGGACCGUACUCAUCCUCUACCAACAACCACAACCCCUCAUCAUCGUUCCGACGCUCGCAACUCCCACGCUCCGGAUCUUCGGCGCAGCAAGAGAGACCCGACCACGCCAACGUCAUGAGCAAUGGGCAGUACAUGUCGCUGCAUGAGGCUAUGCGUCGUAGUCCCUUGGACCACAGCGAGAGCGAGGAGUCGUCCGCUCGGGGCUCGCCUAGUCCGGCGCCCCGUGAACAUCUUGAUGGAAUCCGCUCGAGGGAGUUUAAGGGACACUUCAGCAAGAUUCCAUUGAAUCUUAACCGCAGGCCAAGCUCCAGGCAGUCUACCGGCAGCGGCGGUGCCAUACGCGAUGACGAAUCUCAGGUGUCGGGUGAGAGCAGCCCCGAUGGACGACCUCCGUCUAGGCUGCGUCAGCCCACGCAGUACAACACGGACAGGGAUCGGAUAAGUCUCGGUGGCGGAGGCGGUUUGUUUUCCAAGACCAGGGAUAGCGAUGCGGCAAAGCCUGCAGGCACGACAGGUAGGGAGCUGUCGCGCAAGGCGAGCACCAACAGUCUGGAUGGCAGGAGGUUUGGAAGCUGGGGAGUCAAGGGCCAGCUGGACCCGAACUUCAAGAGGAGGUUGAUGUCUCCCGAACCAACAGACACUCCAGUCCACGAUUCCAAUGUGCCAAUUCCCUCGACAGAAACGGCACCGAUCAACCGUUCCCCGGAGAAGAGCUUUGCUUGGGGCGCAGAGGCAGAUUUCACGGCCGGUGAUCUGCAAGUCUCCGACAGCCCUCCUGUCAAAGUUAUACCAGACACACGACUUGGUCUCCAGAAUCUGAAGUCAUUCCAGCCAAUGGUUAGAAGCAAUACAAGGAUCGACGAGAUCAGAAGGCGGGAGAACGAGGCGAUGCUGGAGAAUUAUGAGCAUGACGAGCCGGAAUCUACCCAGGAGGAUCCAGAGAUCAGGACUAGGGAAGCGGAACCUAUCGCCGCGAAACCUCUGAUCCACAGAACGAACCACAAACUUGAGGAACUUCGCAUCAAAGAAAUGGCGUCGUUAUCAAAGAAGAGCUUGGCGAAGGAAAGGCUCGACGACAUCAGGAGGCGCAACUCAGCCUCACGCUCACUUUCGCCUGAGGCGUAUGCCAAGUUGAACUUUGACGUCAAUGAGAAGGUUCCAGAGCAGCCCAAGGACGUGGAGGCGAUGCGAGACGACGAAGGCGAGGCUAUCCCAGAUACGCCGGUUAUUGUUUAUCGAAGUGAUCGUCGCAAGAGCAUAGGUCAUGGAAAGGCUACGGAUGCCGAUAUCCAGGAGCCAGAAAAUGACAUUUUUCAACCAAAACCAACAUCACACUACCGGAAAGACUCUCAUGACCUUCUUAAAAGGUUGGCUCGUGCAGCCAGCUCCAGCCCCUCACAGGAGAAACAAGCCGAACUACUGGAUGAUAACAAACAGGGGCAGAACAAAGGCAAGGAGCCCCACAGAAACAUCGACAAACAACAAGAAAACGCGGCCCCUACCUCAACUACAAAUCAUAAAACCUCUUCGGAUACCCAAAAGGAAACCGGGGAUCUGGCACGACGGUCUGGGCCCGCAUUCAACGAAGAUAAGGACUCUGCCGAGAUGGACUCACCAACCAAGCCAGGAUCAGGCGCAUCAUCCAAACGGUCCAGUGCCACAUUUGACCCAACGGAGCGCAUUACCUCGGAGAAGAACCUGUUCGAACCUAGAGAGGACGGCCAGUCUGAACGAGCCGCAUCAGCCGCUCCGUCAGAGCCCGAUACGUUCAACGACGUCGAGGAAACGCCCCGAGCGAAGCGGCCAGACCCUCAAUUGAUGCCGACGCCCAAGCCACCGGGAGGUUACGUCGAAACGCCAGCCACUGUCAAAGUGCAAGACUUUGGGGUCAGGAAUUGGUCUAAGGGACCGGUUGUUCAAGGCGCCUCAGUGUUCAAGAGGCCGCGGUCGUUGAUAGAGGUCAAGGCCAGGAGCGAUGGCGAUAAAGAGCCUAUCGGACGCUCAAGCUCCAUCUCUGAGGGCAGCAGCGGCAACCGCAGCAGACGGCGCUCAAAGUCACUGCCCCGCGCGCUCUCGCCGCUGAAAAACUCGGUCAAGCUUCCCAGUGCGAGUGAAGAUCUCGAACAGAUCAAGAAGAAGUGGCGGACGGACGACGAUACGAUGGAGAUAGACUUCGACACUAUCGAAGACUUGGAUGAGCUGAUGAAAGACCUAAGGGAUACGAAGGAUGCUGCAGUUGUGGAGGAGAAAGAAGUAGAGGAAAAACAGGAGAAGGAUAAACGCCCGGCUGUAACGCAGAAGGUCAAGACCGAAGAGAAGGAAGAACUUGAUAUCCUUGGCAGGGGCGUCCACCGGGCCCUACGGGAGGUGCAAGACUCCAGAAAGGGAAUCGAGCGGCUAAUCAAGGCGGCCGAAGCCAACCCGGGAGACGCGACCGCCCAGCAAGCCAUCCUGGACCGACUGAAAGCCCUCGAGCAGUCGCAAAGCAAGUCAGGUUCGUCACCGAAAUCAUUGACAAAUUCGGGCAAGGGAGGCGAUCCUGUCGUCGAAGGCGUCAAGGCCACAUCACGAUACAUAACAUCCUGGUUCUGGCACAGCGGCGGCCCUUCGUGGCUCGGCAGCCUCCUCAUUCUCGUCCUCGCAUGGGCCUGCCUGGAAACGGCGACGUGCAGCGCCUACUGCCGGCCUACGUCGUGCUCUCCGGGCCAGGACUGCUCGUGGACGCCGUCCGACCCGUUCCCGGGCUACGCGCUGCCCGUUAAGGUGGACCAGUGGACGACGGGCGGCCGCGGCCGGGUCCUCUUUGAGCGCCUCACCGAGGAGAUUGGCGACCUGGUGGACGACGCCAAGGACAUGCUCAUGGACCUGGCCUUUGGCGGCGAGCCCGGCAGCAGCGGCAUCCGCAAAAAGGAUGAGCGUUUCAUGACGUGGGAGGAGCGGCGGCGGUACCGUAGGAGGCUGGCGCGGCGCGGGCUCAUCAAGAAGUGGUCGCCGCCGCCCGAGUACGCGGACCGCUUCGCGGCUUGGGGCGCCGCCAGGAAGCAGCGCGAGUACGCCGCCAGCAUGCGGGAGAUGGGGUAUGAUAGGGGCGAUGGCCUGGGAGGAGAGAGCAUGGAUGAUGACGAGAGGGUGUCUUAGUAAUGGGGGGCGUAAUGGGUAAACACAAGCGAAGGAGGUGCCCUGAUUUAAUAUGAUGCAGUCGAGUCUGCUGCUGUUGUCAUCUGAAGGCUGGUGGACUGAGGGUCUUCUUUUUCUAAUUUCUUAUUAUUAUUAUUCUUUGUCACUGCUUGUGUUAAUAUCUCUUUUGUUUGCCUACGUUUUCAUAUACCCACGCCUACCCUGGAUGAUUGUGGCUUACUGCCCCUAAUGAAAUCAGACUUUCAUUUGUAAAAAAAGGAGCAUGACACUUGGGUUUUAUAUUUGUCGCAGGCUUAGCGAAGACCUUCGACCGGUGGCUAGGGUGA